UGACAAAUACCUUCUGUGCUGCCUGGCAGGAUUAGGGGACUCCCCCAACUGCCAUGCACCGCGUGACCAGUUUUCAUCUUGCGAAGAUCUCAUGGCCAACAGCAUCCUUCGAAUCUUCAUCUGGAUUCUGGGAACCAGUGCUUUCAUUGGCAACAUCCUCGUCAUCGGCUACAGACUGGUCAAUUCCGGAUGGGGGCGAUAUACGACAGUUCAGUCCAGUCUGAUCACAAACCUAGCCGUCUCCGACUUCUUGAUGGGUCUCUACAUGAUUACCAUAGCGUCAGCCGAUGUCUACUACCAAGGCGAAUAUGCUGCCCAUGCUGAUGACUGGCAGAGUAGUGUCCUCUGCAAGCUUGCUGGAAUCACUUCCGUUGUUUCCAGCGAGGCUUCGGUGUUUCUGAUCAUGGUCAUCAGCGUGGAUAGGUGUUUUCAUGUAGUGCUGCCUUUCAAACCCGAAUUCCACCUUUCAGUCCGCGGUGCCCGGGUGGUCGGACUGGUUAUCUGGGUAACUGCUGCCUUUCUUGGUAUUCUCCCAACUCUGAUCCCGUCGUUCGUCGAGGGUCAGUUCUAUGGUCAAUCCGGAGUCUGUCUGGCUUUGCCGUUGACUGUUGAUCGUCCUGCAGGAUGGCAUUACUCCAUCUCCUUGUUCAUCGGUCUCAACUUCGCCGCGUUCCUGGUGACUCUCAUAAGUUACAUAGCCAUCUAUUGCACAUUCCAGCUGUCAAAGCAGCGUAUAGCCGGGAAGAAGAACACGUCAAAGGAGGAUAUGCGAUUGGCUGAAAACCUGAAGUUGGCAUCUAAGAUGGCGCUGGUUGUUGGUACAGAUCUGGUCUGUUGGUUACCGAUCAUCAUCAUGGGCUUAAUGUCCGCAAGUGGAACUUUGACCAUUUCUGCUCAGGUGUAUGCAUGGACAGCAGUGUUCGUGCUCCCAGUCAAUUCAUCCCUCAAUCCAUACCUCUACACCCUCGCAUCAAUACGCCAAAGGAGACGUAAGUCCGCGGCCAGUCGAAGUAUGAAAUAUGAAGACAAGACCAUGGAAGGUAGUAUCUUUGACGACACCUCAAUCAUAUCUGCAUUCACGUCCUUGCCCGACCCUUCACCAGAACGGCUUGGGGAAUGGAUGAAACUUAACAGACGCCCUUUAGGACGCUUAGAAGCCAGUGUGAUUCAACGUGAUGUCACAAAGGCAGUGGAUAGAAUGAAGGAAUCCGGGCUGUGGAAUGAUGUCACGCUCAACAUGAACCGAAUUGCCGUCCAAACAGAUAGUGGUGGAAAAAUCAUACACGCCUUCAUUGUGCUCGACUCACCUUUGACCUUUCUUGAAUCACGUGAUGAUGAUCAGAUGACCAACCUGAGCAACGACGAAAAUACCGACAUCGUCCUCAAUAUGAUUGCGCGGGUAAAUACACCAAAGUGAAAUUGAAUACGAUUAUGUAUUU